GAAAUAUUUUUCACGAUUUGGAUAUUCUGUUACUUUGAAAGGACACUUGCAUAUUAUAUUCUAAAUGAAUUAAAGUGUAUUAUUAUUUUGCAAUGCAGCGACAUAUUAUUGGACACACUUGUGAGACUUAAUAUUCGGAUUUUCUAGCUGACCAUGAUUCUAAUUUUGGUAAAAACAAACCCAUAUCGUAUCAGUGUGACAGACGAAGAAAAAACCUUUCGGAGUGGUUAACUGGUCACAGAUCCUUAUCGGACUGAGUGUUUCAUCGCUGUGCGCUGGGUUGCAGUCUACUAAAACACGGAUGUUAUUGAAGUAUGUUCUACAAUUCUCAUUAUAUAUAUGUUAAUAUAUUCGUAACGCGAAAAGAACUCCCGUGAAUAUCUGCCAUGUGUAUAUCAGAACUCAACCUUGCACUUUCGUGAACUAUACGCUGAUAAGUAUUGAUGUAUACUACAUCGUUACCUGUAUGGACCAGUUGAAAGUGAAAUAUGUACGACAUAGUGAUUCUAGGGGCGGGGAUAGUGGGGUUAUCGACAGCAGUAAACGUCCAGUGUCUGCUUCCGGACCGGAGAGUUACUGUUAUAGCGGAUAAAUUCACCAAGGACACGACAAGUGACGGCGCUGCAGGAAUAUUCCGCCCAUCAGUGGAGAAAACACCGGUAAAAUCGCUACAGCAAUACAGGAAGUGGUGUCAGGAGUCAUUCCAAUGGUACCACACGCUGAACAGAGACAACGAUCCUGGAGAAACAGGCGUUAUAAGGCUCUCAGGAUACCACUUUGCUACGCCGAAAUCAAAGCCUCCUGAAUUUCACUACGGUAUUACCGAAUUAACGGAACGGGAACUAGCAGAUCUGCCUGGAAACUAUAGGUAUGGCUGGAAAUAUACAACACUUAUGAUUGAAUGCAGAAGGUACUUACCAUGGCUUACGAAAAGGUUCAUAUCAAGAGGUGGUCAAAUAGAAAAGAGGAACAUAGAAAGUAUACACGAAUUUGCAGGCAGAUGUUCAGUUUUUGUGAAUUGUGCUGGGCUUAACUCGAGAACUCUAUUCAACGAUAAAGAAGUGUUUCCUGUUAGGGGUCACUUACUGAGGGUGAAAGCACCGUGGAUAAAACACUUUUAUGUUUGGGACGACGCCUCAAGCUACAUUUACCCAGGACAAGAUAACGUUGUUCUAGGCGGUACACGACAGAAGGACCAGUAUGGAACGUCAGACGGGAGAGUAUGGUUUGAUGACGUAAAAGCACGUUGUGAAGACCUCCUGCCUGGAUUAAAAAAUGUUGAGGCUGAGAGAAAAUGGGUGGGGCUUAGACCGCAUAGAACCUUCAUCAGAUUAGAAGCAGAAAACAUAACACUCAAUGGAAAACAGUUAAAGGUUGUCCACAACUAUGGUCAUGGUGCAAAUGGAAUAGCUUUAAGCUGGGGAACUGGCUUGGAAGCCUCACAGAUGGUCAAGAAGAUCGUCAUGGAAACACGCAAUGAAAUAAAAGCAAAAUUAUAACAGAGUAUUAAGACGUUUAUUAGCUAAAAUAUUGAUUGUGAACUUUGUUGCAGUUCACUAAAACAUUGGUUAUUUUGUAGGGGUAAUCCUGACAGUGCAAUUUAAAGAAUAUGUCAAAUAGGAUCAUUUUCGGUUACCAUGUAAUCAUAAAUACUCCUGGAUGAAUAAUUUCGUGUGUGUCAUUGUUGUAUCAGUCCUAAUAAGCAUAUAAAUUCCCUUUCAUUUUAUAUUCAAAAGUUUAAAUCCAUGAAUUCAUAUCCUCAUGAUAUAACAGUUCUGACCACGAAAUUUAAGACACCGAAAUUAAACGAGUUCGCAGUGUUAAGUCAAAUUGGUUGCUGACUGGUAUAACAUAUUUAUUUACUUUAUGUUUUUCAUGAUUUAAUGUGACUUACCAAACUACGAACUGUAUCAUCGUUUGUCUCCUGUUCGAGACUUUAAACACAUUUACUUUAUACUUUCGCAACUUUUUGUUUAUACUUUGGCAGUUGAUAUAAUUAUGUAUGUAGUAGUUUAUUUCUGUAAAGCGUUAGAUAUAACACACCGACACGUU